GGGGCUGCCUCUGGCACUCGGUGUUUGGAGAAUCUGGGAGACUGGAAGACCCUUUGGAGCCUCAACGGGGAGAUCAGGAGGGACUUUUGGGGCCACCGAAAAUCCCAGAAGGAAAGGGGCCCCGGAAAUGCGAUGUGCAGGAAUGCAAUUCCAAACCCAGCUCCGACUCCAAGAAGCAGCAGAGCACCUCCCGGGGGGGAGAAGCCGUCGGUGUGCAGAGAGUGCGGGGAGACCUUCGGCCAGCGCGCCGAGCUCACGCAGCACCAGCACGGCCACGCCAAGAGCAAGCCCUUCGGGUGCGACGAGUGUGGGAAGCACUUCCGAAGGAACGCCACCCUCGCCGUGCACCGGCGCGUCCACACGGGCGAGAAGCCCUUCACGUGCCAGGAGUGCGGCAAGGCCUUCAGCCAGCUCACCAACCUGACGGUGCACCGGCGCAUCCACACGGGCGAGCGGCCCUACAGGUGCGCGGACUGCGGCAAGGCCUUCGUCCAGAACAUGCAGCUGGUCGGGCACCGGCGCACGCACACCGGCGAGCGGCCCUACGGCUGUGGCGACUGCGGCAAGGCCUUCACCCUCAUCACCAACCUCAUCGACCACCAGCGGAUCCACACUGGGGAGAAGCCCUUCGUGUGCGACGUGUGUGGCAAGCACUUCACCAAGCGCUCCUCCCUCAUCGGGCACCAGAAGAUCUACACGGGCGACAAGCCCCACAGGUGCGGUGUGUGUGCGAAGGCUUUCCGCAAGAAGUCCGACCUGGUCAACCACCACCGCAUCCACACGGGCGAGCGGCCCUUCAAGUGCUACGAGUGCGGCAAGGCCUUCACCCAGAGCAUGACCCUGGUGGAGCACCAGAAGACGCACACUGGCGAGAAGGCCUACCAGUGCCGCCAGUGCGGCAAGCUCUUCACCAAGUCCUCGGCCCUCAUCCUACACGAGCGCAUCCACACCGGCGAGCGGCCCUUCACGUGUGCCGACUGCGGCAAGGCCUUCAACCAGAACAUCCAGCUCGUGGUGCACCGGCGCAGCCACACGGGCGAGAAGCCCUUCCAGUGCGGUGCGUGUGGGAAAGCCUACAGCCAGAAGGGCUACCUCACCAUCCACCAGCGGACGCACACCGGCGAGAAGCCCUUCGCCUGCCAGGAGUGCAAGAAGGCCUUCAGCCAGAAGGCUCACCUUUCCAUCCACCUGAGAAUCCACACGGGCGAGAAGCCCUACAGGUGCAGCGACUGCGGGAGGAGCUUCCGGAAGGUCUCGUUCCUCUUUCAGCACCAGGCGAUUCACAGCGACGAGAGGCCCUUCAGGUGCAGCCUGUGUGGGAAGGCCUUCGUCCGGAAGUCGACCCUGGUUCAGCACGACCGGAUCCACACGGGAGAGAAGCCGUACGAGUGUGGGCAGUGCGGCAAGGCCUUCCGGCACCAGCCCACGCUGACCGCCCACCGCCGGAUCCACACCGGGGAGAAGCCCUACGAGUGCACGGUGUGUGGCAAGGCCUUCCGGCGCCUCGGGAACCUCUCCUGCCACCAGAAGACCCACCUCCGGCCGGGGGCGAGGAGACCCUCAGACCAGAUCCCCGCGACCUGAGCGCAGGUGACGGGUCUGUGGGGGUGACUCUGAGGCUGCGUCCCUCUUGGGGGUUAACUUCAGGAUGUCAGAGGACAGAGGGCAGCAGGCUGUCUCCCCGGGUGAGGGACCUGUGCCGU